AUGCUCAGAGAUAAGGAGGUAUUCAAACUUUCCAACCCAAACUAUGGGUACUGUGAAACGAUCGACAUUCUACGGAGGGAUCAAUUUCAGAGACUCAAUGACAUGUGUUAUCUUGAUCAUACAGCAGCAACACUAUACUCCUCUGCUCAAUUGGAGAGAGUCUUCAAGGACCUACAAGAUAAUCAGUAUUCAAACCCUCACAGUCUUAACCCAAUUGGACUAAAGACCAAUGAACUGAUCGAUGCUGCACGUGAAAGGCUCCUAUCUUUUUUUAAUGCACCUUUCCGUCAGUACACUGUCAUAUUCACAUCGGGAUGCACUGAUUCUCUAAAGAUGGUUGGCGAGUACUUUCCAUGGACCAGAAACAGCUCAACAUUCUUCCAUCUGCUAGAGUCUCACAACUCGCUCCUUGGCAUUCGAGAAUAUGCCAAUGAGCAUGGGGCGCUUAUCAAGCCUCUUCCAGGAUCUCAUUUCAAAGGUGGUGGUCCAACCAAAGACAACUUCCAAGUGUUACUAAAUGAGAUUGAGAAUCACCGCCACCACAACCAACACAAUCAAGUCGAUGAUGGAGGACAAUCAUUUGAUCUACUCGCCUAUUCUGCACAAUGCAACUACAGUGGAUCAAAGUACUCUUUGGAUCUUAUAUCUAGUGUCAAGAACAAGUUCAAUAAUAUGAAGAUAGUAGUGGACGUGGCUAGUUUAGUUGGAACAUCUGUACUGGAUCUCUCCAAACAUCAGGCAGAUUUCGUCACCCUGUCAUUCUACAAGAUGUUUGGGUAUCCAACUGGUCUUGGUGCUCUAAUUGUACAUAAUGAUUGUAUACCAAUUCUAAACAAACUAUACUUUGGUGGAGGUACAGUGAAUGCAUCGUUGGCACAGGAGAGGUUCCAUGUGUUUAGAAAUAGCAACCACCAGAAGUUCGAGGAUGGCACCACCUCAUUCUUGUCGAUCAUUGCACUCAAGUAUGGCUUUGACAUGCUAGAGUCGUUGGGUGUGCAGAACAUAUCGAAUCACACCUUCUCCCUUGUCCAACAUUUGUAUAGAACGCUGACAAAGCUGAAACACCACAAUGGACGUCCUUUGGUCACAAUCUAUGCGGACAAUGACUACACUGACCCAUCGCAACAGGGAGCCAUUAUCAACUUUAAUCUGUUCCGAUCUGACGGCUCCCCAAUCGGCUCGAACGAGGUAGAGAAGCUCGCCUCUCUCAAGAACAUACAUUUAAGAGUUGGCUGUUUUUGCAAUCCAGGUGCAUGUCAUGGAUAUCUUGGCCUCACAAAACAAGACGUUGAGAAACAUCUGGAGGAAGGACAUGUCUGUUGGGAUGACAAGGACAUUAUGGAUGGAAAACCAACCGGCUCAAUUCGUGUAUCAUUAGGUUACAUGUCCAACUUUGAGGAUAUUUAUGAAUUUAUCCAGUUCCUUCGAGAGACAUUCAUCAAUGAGUGUGUUUAUAUGAGUGGUCAAAUGACUGGAUUAUCACAAUCCCCACUUGGAUCAUCGUCUGAUGUCAAUAUCAAUGGACAUUCGAGACAACAGCAACAGAGUGACAUUUAUCUUUUGGAGAUCAAUGUGUAUCCUGUCAAAUCAUGUGGGGCGUUCAAGACUGACCAUUGGGAGAUUGGACCAUCAGGCCUCCUCUAUGAUCGAGAGUGGACACUGAUAGACAGGAAUGGCAUCUAUCUCAAUCAGAAGAAGAUACCAACACUCAGUCUGAUAACGACCAGUCUCGAUCUGAAACAAAACAUUCUGACUCUCAGCGCACCCGGCAUGAAGACACUGCAACUACCAUUGGACUAUUAUCCAGUGUCAUCAAUGAGCGAGAUACAAGUUUGUGGUGAUUCUGUUGAAGGCCUGCUCUAUGGUGAUGAGGAUAUAGACCGUGUCGGUAAUGUCACUGAUUGGAUAUAUCAGUUCACAGGGCGAACUUGUUACCUUGUUCGAAAGAAACCAGAGAGUUCAAGAAAGUCCAGGAUGGCACUGAAAAGUGGCAACAGCAACGAGAACAAUGAGAUUUCCUUCUCCAACGAGUCACCAUUCCUCAUGAUCAGUGAAGAGAGUGUUGAUGAUCUAAGGAACAGAGUGUACCAACGUAAUAAGGACGACGACCUGGACAUCCACACAUUCGAUUGGAUUAGCACCAAUAGCUUCAGAGCCAACUUUGUCAUCAAGGGUGGAAAGGCAUACGAAGAAGAUAACUAUAAUCGCUUCAGUGUUGGCGGUCUGGUCUUUCAAACGAUUGGAUUAUGCAAUCGGUGCAAGAUGAUAUGUGUCAACCAGUCGAUGGGUGUGGAGGAGAAGGAGCCACUGGCCACACUAUCUACUUAUAGACGACAAGAUGGACGCAUUGUUUUUGGACAGCAUCUCCAAUUUGUUGGCCCUUCACAAGAACGAGGAGACUGUUGUGAGCGGAUCACAAUCACAUCUUAUUCACCUUUGAUCAAACUAAAUUAA